GUGACAGAAGUGGAGGAGGAUGACGACGACGACGAUGAUGAGCCAAUCUUUGUUGGGGAAAUCACAAGCUCGAAGCCAGCUACUACAUCUAUGGAAGAAUGACCUCAGUUCUUCUCUGGCUUGUAAGUAGUACCACCUGGCAGCAGUCAGGCUUCAGUUCCUUACCGGCGACAGGCGAGACACUGUGAACUCCACUUGGCUUAUCACUGCUUAGCUUGUACCCGAGAAAGCUCCUGUCUGAUCAGAUGAAAAACUGAUGACAAAUGGGAACUCACGUGUAGUUCUUAAUGUUUUUGAAAGUAUGCAGUGCAUUGCAUUUUCUUAACCUUUUCCUGACGGUGCAGUUACCAGUUUUUGUACAGACUUGUGUGGAUAACUUGAAGGAAAUAGUUAAAAACCCAACUUUGACCUGCUGGCACAGUGUCAUGUAGAAUCAAGUGCCCCUUCUGAUGUACUGGAGGAUUGUUUUGACUGAGAUGAAAAGUAAUUCACGCUUUGUUGCCUGUAUAAUUUCCUGCAACUGCUCGUUUUUCCUACAUUACUUCUCUUUCUUGCUUUCUUUUUCAUAAUGCUACAAACCUGUAAUUUGUUACUACUUUACAAUGUUACUCUGUGUGUCAGCUUUCUUCUGCUUCAGUGCUCUCUUACCUAAACAGGACAAAUAACACUUUGAUGGAAGAGGGAAAACGGCACAUCAGGUCUUUGAUGAAUCAGCUGAGUCAUGUAAAAGUAGUUUACAAUUUCAAAUAACUGACUUCCUGAAACGUUCUUUUUAAAAGCAGUAAAAUCUGCCUUUGUAUUUUAGGAUGUGAAUUGUGUACACAUCACUGUCUGACUAUACUUUGUGAGACAUAAUUUUUAGGAUAGCUUUUCUUUUGGAGGAAGAUGAUGCUUUCACUCUGGAAUUCAAAUGUGAGGUAUAGAUGUAUUAACAAUCACAAAAUGUGUGUGUUGAGCUAAAUCCUGAAUUAAUUUAAUCCUUGUUCAUAGUUACUGCUGUGUUGAAGUAAAAAUAGUAUUACUAUCAGGGGAUGAAAUUUUGUUCCAUCUUAAAGAAUGCAAACCUGUUUGAAUCUGUUGGUUGCAGCUGCUUUUUAUUAGUAUGAUCUAAAUGCAGGUGGCAGGUUGAGAGCUGUAAUCUGAGCUCCACUGCUGUUAAGUUUAUUUAUCAACUGGAAAAGUGUGUAAUAAAGAACUAUUGCUGGUGGAGACAGCCUUAAGGUUGUUAAACACAAUGUGUAGAUACUCUUAAGAUCUACUGUUUGAAAAGCCAAUGUAAUUUGACCCCGGUUUGAGAAGUAACUUCAAACCAUGGUGGUUAGGUACUGGAGAAUCAAUCCCAUUUCAUAUGCAUAUUUUCACAGGUCAGAACAAGAAACUUGUCAGCAACACUAAUGGAGAAUCUGGGAGUAGAAAAAUAUUUUGAUUUGAUGAAUAUUUUUGUAACUUUCUGGGAUGAUUGGAGACCCCAGACUAAGACAUAAAAAAUCGAGAAAUAUCAGUGGCAUUAGUUAGGGAGCGAACAUCAAAUUUGAAAAAUUCCCUGUGUUUUUGAUGAGCCAGAGCUCUGGACACAGAUUACCAUGCAGGAUAGAUAUAUUGAACAGAGUCAACCUCAGCUCACCACGAAGGGGGAUACAGAAUGGUGCACCCUGUAGAGGUGCAGUUCCUCCAUUCAAGACUGAGGGUCACCAUUACGCGAGCGCUGCCCCCAGCGCCGUGCCCAUCCCGUCGGUGUUCCAGACUGCCCCCAGACCCACCAGCAGCUCGGGAGCAGGGCAGCCCCUGGCUAUGGCAGGGAACGUGUCAGCAGCCUCACAAACACUGCAGAGACCUGUGGCUGGAUGUUUAUCAACACAGCAGCUGCCUGGGGCAAGUUCUGGAAUAACACAGCCUGUAACCAUUCCAGUGACAGCACAGCCAGCAUCAAGAAAUAUCCCAGUUCCUGCAGUGGCUCAGCCUGUGUCCAGGCCAGAGACUGGAACAGCACAGCCUGUGAUGCUCAAUCAGGAUUAUGUUAUGGAUUCUCUACCGGAUGCAGCAGAUAAUACAUCUGAUAUGCUGUUUGGUGUGAGGCAGAACUCAGGAGUUCCACAGUACCAGACUGGGCCAGCAGUGAAUGUAACAGGGACAAAUGCAUCGAGCACCAUUAAAAAUGGAGGACCUUUUCCACGAGCUUGUCCAAAGUGUAAUAUUCAUUUCAAUCUUAUGGAUCCCCUAAAAAAUCAUAUGAAGUAUUGUUGUCCAGAUAUGGUAAAUAACUUUUUCCCAGCAACGAUCAAAACAGAAUGUUUGAGCACAACAAGUAAGAUUGCUGAAUCUGAGAAAGGAAAAUUGAUUAUGUUAGUUAAUGACUUUUAUUAUGGGAAGGAUGAAGGUGACACCCAGCAGGUGCAACAGGAGCAGAAGACUCAUACGACAUUUAAGUGCAUCAGUUGUCUCAAAGUUCUUAAAAAUAACAUAAGGUUUAUGAACCACAUGAAACAUCACUUGGAGCUCGAGAAGCAAAGCAAUGAAAGUUGGGAAAGCCACACCACCUGCCAGCACUGUUACCGGCAGUUCCCCACCCCGUUCCAGCUGCAGUGCCACAUUGAGAGCACACACACACCUUACGAGUCAUCCACCAUUUGUAAAAUCUGUGAACUGUCCUUUGAAACAGAGCAAGUUCUUUUGCAACACAUGAAGGACAAUCACAAGCCAGGUGAAAUGCCAUAUGUUUGCCAGGUGUGCAGCUACAGAUCCUCAGCUUUUUCAGAUGUAGAAACACAUUUUAGAACAGUUCAUGAAAACACAAAACAUUUGCUAUGCCCAUUUUGCCUCAAAGUAAUCAAAAUUGGAGCACCAUAUAUGCAUCAUUACAUGAGGCAUCAGAAAAAGGGAGUGUACCGCUGCACUAAGUGCAGGCUGCAGUUUUUAACAUGCAAAGAGAAAAUGGAUCACAAGACUCAGCAUCACCGAACGUUUAGGAAACCCAAACAGUUAGAAGGCUUGCCUCCUGGGACAAAGGUGACUAUUCGAGCAUCUCUAGGAUCUCAUCAGUCAGGAUCAUCAGCUACAUCUUCUGUCAGUACAAGCAGUUCCACAUUUCAGUUAUCACCUAAAACUAAAGCCACAACCACUAAAAAUCAUAGCAAAUCUAAUACAAAUAAAUCCAGAGGAAAAUCAAAACAAACUACAUCAAAGAAACAAAAUGCAUGGACCAACAGCAAAAAAAAAAAGGAAGUUACAAAUAUAACAUUUCAUCAUCUAAGGUGUCGCUCGGGGCAUCACAAGUGCAUUGAGUGUUACUCAGAAAUCAAGGAUUUCGCCAGCCAUUUCCCUGCCUACGUCCACUGCAGUUUGUGCAGAUACAGCACCAGCUGUAGCAAAGCCUAUGUGAACCACAUGAUGAAUUUUCACAGUGCUCGUCCCAGUAAAAGAUUUUGGAUCUAUAAGAAGCAAUCAGAAGAUCUACGAGGCCUGACUGUGGUGUGUCUUAACUGUGAUUUCCUGGCUGAUGUUUCUGGCUUAGAUAGCAUGGCCACACAUCUGAGUGAGAGCCACACUCAUACUUGUCAAGUUAUUAUAGAGAAAGUUUCUGUAGAUAUCCCAACUGCUGCACAAGUAUCUGACAAACAAGAGCAUGACUCUUCAGAUGAAACAAUAAAAUGCAGUAGAAAUCCAACUAAAACAGUUGCAUCUGCUGAAAAGAAUGAAGAAGACGCAUCACUGUCAAAUACAGAAGAUGUUCCUAGUUUUGAACUCCCUGCCAACAGCUCAAAGAAGUCUUUGCAUGAGAAAAGAGCAUGUUGUGCUUCAGAUGACAAUAACAAACAGUUAGAUGAGAAACAAAAAGGUAUUCAUGAUGGAAGUGAGUUGAAAAGGUGCCAAAGUUCAGGUGAUGUUCUCCUGGAUGAGCAGACUGAAGUGCGGAGCUUGGAUGAAAGUACCCUGUCAGCGAUGAACGUGAGGGACCUGAAGCUGACCCUGGGGGAGGAUGUGAGUUUUGAGCAGUUCUUCAGGAAGAGAGAUGAACCUGAGUCUGUCAGUUCUGACAUCAGUGAACAGGGCAGUAUUCAUUUGGAGCCUUUGACUCCAUCAGAAGUACUAGAGCAUGAAGCUACUGAGAUCCUUCAGAAAGGUAAUGUCACACCUUCGUCAAAGAAAGCGGGACAGCUCACGGAACAGACAGAUGAGGUUUCUAAGGAAAGCAAUCCCAACAGAAUGGAGACAGCUGCAAACCAGACAGAUGAAAAUGAAGCAAGAUGAAAUUGUGUCUUUAUUGUUACAAACGGUGGUAGGAACACCAUGGACCAUUCCUGAUGAGUGUGCUUAUGGAUGCUAAAUAUUAAAAAAAGGGGGGAGGGGGGAGAGGGAGGCGAGAGAGACACCAAAGGGAAGUUUUGCAUAUGGAGAUAGCAUGUAUGUGUAUGUGUGAAUUAACUGAACUUACAGAAGGUAACAUGUUCGAGUAUACCUUCCUGUCUCUUGGAUGUGAUAUAUUAUUAGAUUGAUAUUUGAAAAGAGGUAUAAAUUCUAAUUUUUUUAUAGUUAACUGGCCCAGGAUAAGGUGAUUUGUUCGCCCAGAAAGUAUUUUUUUAAAUCCUUCAGUGUGAAUACCAUUGAACAGUAGAAUUGAGUAUGAACUGACUUCUGAUGCUGAAGUGGAGCACACUUGUAAUCAGGGCUGUUGGUCUGCUGAUAAUUUGGGUAAACAUAAACAUUGGGACUUGGUGUCACAUUCCUGUCUGUAAAAGCAUGUAAACGGAAUUAUAUGAAUCUGUGCACAUCUGUACAGGUAUAAUCCUGCCAGGCUGUAAGCUUACCUUAAUAAACUUUCAGUGAAAGUGGAAUUAUUACAAUAAAAAUAUAUAUUUGUGGGGUUUUCACUGUGCAGGCUGUGCAGAAAUACCGAACAUAGUUGUAUAAAGUAGAACAUAAUGCUGGAAGUACUGUAGCUGUUAGGCUUUUAUCAUUGGUUUUAUGAUUCUUAGCCAUAGACACAUAGGAAUGGUCUGUAAGUCACACCAAAGUAUGGUUUUAAUGUAAAAAUGGUAUUAAGCAAAAAUAAGGAAACCCCCAAACUGGAAACACCCCCUGGUGUGUGUUCCACCAUUUUACAGCUGCUACUGACUAAUUUACAGAUAGGACACAAGGGCAUAGAAGGUAGAAUUGUACAGUUCAAUUUCAGGACUUUUUGUAGUCUAAGUUAUGUACAGAAAGAUGGCUGCUGGUUUUGAUUUUUUUGAGAUUUUUUUUUUUUCCUUUGGUUUUGGAUAUUAUUUUUUUUUGUCUUCUAGUUAGCAGCAGGUAUAGGAAUGCAUCUGAUUAACGGUAGCUUGCUCUUAGGAUUUCGUUGCUCCAUUGGAAACAUUCAGAAUGUGCUUUUGACUUACAGUUUUGUUUCUAUGGAUGCUAAAUGUUUUGGACAACUGUUAAAGCACUGCUGUAAAUUAUUACUUUUCGAGUAAAUAUUUGCAACAAAAAUUUGUCUUUGUGCAUAAUUUUAUGCUCAGCUUGAAACUUUGACCAUAGUUCUCCUCCUGUUUUUAAUAAAGGUUUAGUGGCAGUUCCCCAAAAAAUAUGUAACUUCAAUAUUGUGAAUUUGAGGCAUAUGUUUGGUUGGGGGUUUUUUGUUGGUUCUUGUUUUGUUUAUAUAGAAUUAAAUGAGCAAGUGCCUUUGCAUAAACAUAUUUUUGUACCUGUGUAUUGUGGUAUGAUGUGUUAACCUUUACAGACUACCUCGAUAUUUUCAGGCCCAUCUGCUUGCAGCUGAAGUCCACUGUGUCCUCCUGAGUUAAUUGGGCUCUGCUGCUAAAUUAACAUUUAGAGACCAUCCAGCUCAUUGUUGGAGCCUUUAAAGAAGAUCAGUCUCAACAUCUCAAAGUUGCCUCAAACUCUAAGGAGUCCUAUGAUUUAAAUUUUGAAUUGCAUCUUAAUUUUCAUCCAUGCAGGUGUAGAAGACUAAUGAGGAGUGGAACAGUUUACAAAGUCACAGCUUUUCAAGAUCUGCCGCUUCAGGAACUUCAAAUACCAAGAUAGGGGAAAUGACUGAGAGCAAUAAGUUGCAUUGUUCUUUUGUUCUUUAAAGAUCUUGCUGAAGUUAUUAAGUAAUAGUUAGAUGAAGCAGUCUGAUGUCUUCAUGCUUUUACACAUGGAAGAUUAGUCAUUGUGGUGCUUUAUUUUAUACAGUUUAAAACACUUGAUCAGCUACAGACCUGGAUGUGUUUGUUACCAAAGCAUCUCUGCUUAAACCCAGGGAAAUCUCUGUAGUGUUUUGAAUCUGAUUGAUGAUCUUCCAUUCAAAUUAUCUAUUUUGAAUAAUGCUCUCAUUUGCGUUUUGGAAACGAUUGAGUUCGACUGGAACUAGUUGUACAGUACUUGCUUGUAAAUUCCUCACAUUCAUCUUCUAUUAUGCAAUUACAUUUUUAAAACAUUUACCAUUUUAAUAGUAAGACUUGGGAAGGAUUUGGCCUCAUGCUGCUGAGAAAAGUUGGAAAAUAAAACUCAGGUCUGCAUAUUUGGGGGAAGUACAUCCAUACCAUCUCAGUUACGUAGUAUGUAAGUCAUUGUUGGUUUCAAACCUUGAGAAUGCUUGUGCUAAAGGUAAUGGUAGGUACAAACCACUCAAAUGUCUACUGGUCCUUGUGAAGGAGGAGGUGAAAGAGAACUAGAUGGUUCCUGCAAGUGCAUCAGCUUUAAUAAAGCAGGGAAAGUAUAUCAUGAGAACACUGGCGUGGUAUUAUUGUGAAGGAGAAAAACUAACAUUUCUGACUGUUUAUGCUAUAUGAAGAUUUCUGCCAGCCAGGCAGAAAGGGACCUUGGAGUUUGGAUUGACAAGAGGCUGAACAUGAGCCAGUGUGCCCAGGUGGCCAAGAAGGUCAAUGGCAUCCUGACCUGGCUCAGGAACGACGUGGCAGCAGGAGCAGGGCAGUGAUCCUUCCCCUGUACUCAGCAUUGGUGAGGCCACACCUGGAGUGCUGUGUCCGGUUCUGGGCCCCUCAGCUCAGGAAGGACAUUGAGGUGCUGGAGCAGGUCCAGAGAAGAGCAACCAGGCUGGUGAAGGGACUGGAGCACAAGUCCUGUGAGGAGAAGCUGAGGGAGCUGGGGUUGUUUAGCCUGGAGAAGAGGAGGCGCAAGGGAGACCUCAUCACUCUCUACAACUACCUGAGAGGAGGUUGUAGCCAGGAGAGGGUCGGUCUCUUUUCCCAGGCAGUUAUCGGUAAGACAAGAGGGCACAUUCUCAAGCUCUGCCAGAGCAGGUUUAGGUUGCAUAUUAGAAGAAAUUCAUUACAGAGAGGGUAAUCAGGCACUGGAAUGGGCUGUCCCGGGAGGUGGUGAAUUCUCUGUCCCUGGAGGUGUUUAAGAAGAGACUGGAUGUGGCACUGAGUGCCAUGGUCCAGUAACUGUGGUAGUGGAUCAAAGGUUGGACUUGAUGAUCUCAGAGGUCCUUUCCAACCCAUCUGAUUCUAUGAUUUGCUGACUAGACACUGUAGGAGACUUCAUAAGUGUAAAGAUGAAUUUCUCUCAUGUUAUUUGGGAGGUUUCCCAGAGAUAAGCUGAAUUGAUACUUUUGGCUGAAGCCACUUUGGGGGAUCAAUUUACACUGAAAGCAUUUGUAGUUAAUUGAACAUAGUGCACAUGAUUCAGUUUGUUGUUUCUGAGUCAUUUAAAAGUUGUUUUUCCACCCAGGCAUCAGUAGUUCUGUGCCAUGUCUCUUUCUUGACUUAAAAAACCAGUUUUACUCCAGUUUUCCUUGCCUUACCAAAAAACAGUCAGUUAAGUUAAUUCUUGGUGUCCAUAGCAGAAUCAACCUUUCCCCUCAUCUCAGGGGUUUUAUCAUAUUUUCUUGAAUAAUCAUUGCAGAUUGUUUAUAUUUGUUUAUUUUUAAGGAAGUCAUGUGCCAUGUGUGUGCUGUCUGCAUUAUUGAGAUUUAAUGGAAAACUGCUGUCAUUAUUAGCUCUUGGUCAGUGAGUGUUCAGUCACUUGGAUCUUCCUGCAGUACAGUUUGAGAGAGAAACUUUGGCUGACCUGUGGUUCAGAUUUUCUUAAACAGAGUGGAUGAGUAAACCCAGAAAAAAAAUCCAGUUGUAGCACAUAGUGAAUUCCAUGUAUUUUAAAUGAGUUUUUAUAACAAAACUAUGUUCACUUUUCUCUUCCUGGGGCAGAGAAAGAAGAACGCUGGGCAAUGUGUUAAAUCUCCUUUCCAUGCUGCUUUACUGCUUGAAGGAGUCAGAAACUGAAGGUCAGGGUAAAGAAUCUUGACUAACACAUUCUGCAAAACCUUAAAUAAAAGAUCUUAAAGCUUUUCUGCAGGCAUUAAGCUUUGUAAUUUAUAUGCUGCCAUGUAGAAAGCAGUUAUUUUUUUUAUGUUGUAGGAUAUACUACUACUCCGCCAAAGAUUGUGGCCAUAGGCUGUCACAGCAAUUUUGCUGCAGACUCCUUAGAAAUGUUGAUGUAGGGGAAGUUUUAUACCUCGUUGUUCUCUUUGUUUUCAUUAGUGUUGAUUUUUCAGGCUUGUGAACUUAUUUUGUCUAGUUGCAUCCUGUAUUUUUUUGAUGUGUGCUUAUUACACCCCUAAUAAAAUAAAAAAAUUGGUAAGUAUGUUUCAUGAUUACUUUGCUUUUAAUAGAACAUUUGCUCCAGUUUUAAUGUAGUUCAGAAGGACAGUUCAUAGUUGUUCGAUGAAGCCCAAUGUGUUGUCUCUUUUGAAUAUUGUAUUUUUAUGCAUAAUUUUGACUCUAAUUUUUCCCCAUUAAUUCAGUGCUGAAAGGGAAGGUAUGAUGACUGAUAUUUCAUAUUAGUUUACAGACAUUAUACAAAAGUUGUUUGCUGUGUUCCUUUGAGUUUUGGAUCACUGUUCUAGCUCUAAGACAAGUAAUUAAAAUUUUGUGUUCUGUCAUUUCUUUGACCCAAAUUAACCUUGUGAAGUUGAUGCUUCCUUUUUUGCACCUGAAAUUACAAAAAAAAAAAAAAAAAAAAAAAAAAACAAAAAAACAAAACAAAACAAAAAGUUGAAAACGUUUACCUGUGAAACACUCUUCAUUUGAGGGGGAUGAAUGUAUUUGUUGUGCCUGCAAGGUGCUAUAAAGCUGAUGCGUUUAUUGAUGUAAAAACAUGCCGGGUUUGUUGAGGUUUUCUUUACUGUUCAAGCCAUUAUGUCAGAGUGACUGAAGUUCUUCUGACAACCACAAGGAUAACUGUGAUUUUAUGUGUAUAUCUGCAUUUAAGUUUGGGCAAAUUUAUCUUCAUAUUAAGAAAACUGAAUGCUCAGAUUACAUGUGUGGGCUGUAACAAUGCCAAAUAAGAUGAAAUCCAUGUUCAGCAAUGGUAACUUGUCAGCAACCAAGUCUCCAUUUCUAAGUGAUUUUUAAGCAACAUUUGUAAAUUAUUCCGUACAAAUCUAAUGUAAAUAAACUGCAUUUCUUAUUUUGGUUCACUAAA